AUGCUUGUCCGAGAGUCAUGGCACAGAGCCACGACGGGGCUGCGAGAAGAGGAAACGGUGGUGAUUGGCAACAGCCGCAGGGGUCAUACAAAUUGGACGAUGGGAUGGGGGAUCGAUGAUAUAACUCCAUGCAGCUUGCCGCCAACCGGGGAGAGAAACUCUUACCAUAAUGGCUGCAGUGAGACAGGACGGGGUGUGGAACAAACACUGCCUAGCAGUAGGAGUAAGAACAGAAAGACGAAGGUCAAGGUACCACCACGCGGAAUCAAACUCGACGAAAUACAGUUAAUGACAAAGAAGAGCUAG